CCUUGACUAAUAACACCAACAAUAAUAAACAGUAGCUAUUGAUAUGAACUUGCUUUAGAAGCAUGGCUGCUAGACCUAGAACUCCAUCUGAUUCAUCUUGUUGCACAGAUGUCAGUGAUCCUCUCUAUGAAGAGCUCUGGCAUGCCUGUGCUGGCCCCGGUGUUACCGUGCCAAGGAUUGGAGAAAGGGUGUUUUACUUCCUCCAGGGUCAUAUAGAGCAGGUUGAAGCAUCCACGAACCAGGAAGCUGAGAAACAGUUGCCUUUAUAUGAACCGCCUUCCAAAAUUCUUUGCCGGGUGAAGAAUGUGUUGCUGCAGGCUGAACCAGACACAGAUGAAGUCUUUGCUAAUAUUAGUUUGGUUCCCGAGGCAGAGCAGGAUGAGUGCUCCACUGAUAUGGAUCCUCCUCCUCCACCGCCUUCAAGGCCUUCUGUGCAUUCAUUUUGUAAGACUCUCACUGCUUCUGACACAACUAAUGGUGGGUUUUUGUAUUUUCCCAAGAAAUAUGCUGAAGAAUGCCUUGGACCUCUGGACAUGAGUCAACAACCUCCCACUCAAGAAAUAGUUGCCAGAGAUCUACAUGGAAAUGAUUGGAGUUUCCGGCACAUCUAUCGUGGUGGGGCAAGGACUCAUUUGCUGUCAACUGGGUGGAAUGUCUUUGUUAGAUCCAAAAGGCUUCUGCCAGGAGAUGCGUUCAUCUUCUUGAGGGGUGAAAAUGGCCAACUACGUGUAGGGAUUAGGCGUGCCAUGGGUCAGCACAGUAACAUUCCAUCCUCAGUUAUGUCCAGUCACAGCAUGCAGCUUGGUGUUCUUGCUACUGCGUCACAUGCAAUUUCAACAAGGACUGUGUUUAGUGUCUUGUACAAGCCAAGAUCUACUGGUACUAUCAUUAAAAUAGGUGAUUCUGAUCCCAUGAGGUGGCCGGAUUCAAAGUGGAGAUGCCUUAAGGUGCAAUGGGAUGCAAUAAUAACAUCAGCUAUUCCACGAGCAGAGAGGGUCUCACCAUGGAAAAUAGAACGUGCCUUGAUGCCUUCAAAAAUUAAUCCUUCACAAACAGCCAAAAAGAAGAGGCCCCGGCCACAUAUACUGCCUUCCAAUCAAGAUUUGUCACUUCUCGAUAAGGCAUCAAUUGAUUUUACUCAGUUGCAAAAAUUUAAUACAAGGGUCUUGCAAGGUCAGGAUGUUAUGACCUUGGGAGGAUCUUUGGGUGAAAAUGAAGUUGACAAUGUUCCAAGGAAAGUUGUGUGUGUGCCAAAACUAGAUGAUGUCAAAACCAAAGUUGUAUGCUCUCAGGGAAGAUUGACUUCUGAAAGUUGGAUCCCACUGCAAAGGCAUGACUCAGUAUAUAGGGGAUGUUUUCCCAGUUUUCAGGGCAUUGGUGAAAUGCAAGAACUGUGUGGGCCAUAUACUAAUCGUAUUGUUGAAAAUUCACAAGGAAUGAAGGUUUCCAGAAACCCACUUGAGGAACUCAGUGAGUCUAAUCAGAAGCAAUAUCUGACCUUAAUGGCACCAUCUCGCAAACCAAGUGGAAAUAUGAGGUGGAAUGGCUUCAAUGGGUACCCAAAUUUAUCAAACAUGGGAAUGGAAGCGUUGGGAAAAUGGAAAAUGCAUAUGAUGCCGUGCCAUUCAGAAGUUUCAGGGGGAAAUGAUAGUGUAAGCAAAAAUUUAUUGAGAAACAUGCAAGCUAAUAAACAGGGAACGAAAGAGCAUCAGCCUGGUUUUGUUUCAAGGGAAGCUUCUAAAGAUAAGGGAGUUGAAGUCAUUUCACUCCCUGCAAACAAUAAUUGCAAAUUAUCCGGUCUUCAUUUGAUUGACAUUUUCUCAGGCAGUAAGCCAAAUCCAUCAAAAAAUAGAGUUUCUGUCAACGAGGAAGACCUACAAGUUUCUGCUCAUACCCCAAAAGAAUUUCUUUCACAAUUCUCUGAGGUUGACCAACGGUUGGAGCCAACAAGGCUGAUCAGGUCUGAUACAUCUGCUAUUAGCUGUGAGCAAGAAACAUCAUCUUGGAGACCAUUACAAGAAACACAGUCCAGAGCUGAGAUAAAUACUACAAGGAGAUGUACUAAGGUACAUAAGCAGGAUAGUGCUCUUGGGCGAGCUCUAGAUCUUAAAAAAUUUGAAGGAUACAAAGAGCUCAUCCAUGAGCUUGAUUUGAUGUUCAAUUUUAAAGGACAACUGGAGGAUCCAAGAAAAGGCUGGCAAGUUGUCUACACAGAUGAUGAGGGAGAUAUGAUGCUUGUAGGAGAUGAUCCCUGGCAGGAGUUUUGCAGUAUCGUACGUAAGAUUUUUAUAUAUACUCGAGAGGAGCUUGAGAAAAUGACCCCAAGGAGUUUGGAGCUCAAGAGAAAGUUUGAAGAACCGAUCAGUAGCGAUAUCUCUACUCUUGCAGCCACUAAUGCUCGACACACAUAAUGAGUCAAUUCUAAUAUGAGUUGGUUCCUGUCACUGGACUACGAAUGAGAAUUUUUCUACGGCAUGUUGUCAAGGCUGGCAGAGAAUUUUGAUGACUUUGUAAGAAUGUUCUUUUGUAUGCCAUAUAUAAAUUUUGGUGGUUUUGACAGUUUUGAAGUAAUUUAGAUAGCAGAAUUUUGUGGAUUAUAUUUAGACGUAUUAGCAGGUGGAACUGAUGUAGCCCACGAUUGCUGGUACUCUUCCUAACUUUCCAAACAGAGAUCAUAAUGACAGCAAGUAAUCUGGUAUUUCUCUUGAAUAGCAUAAAGUGGACAUGCCUCCAUGGGUCUAACCUUCGAAUAUGUGCCCUAUGCAGUGGCAAGUUAAUCCUUUUAUUUAGGAACUUUACCAGCCCAGGUGAGCGUUGAUAUUCCAUGUUAACCAACUUCAAAAGCGCAGACCUAGGGUAUGGUAGCAUUCUCUAAUUGUAAACAAAUGAUGGAAAUGAUCCAGUUUAGGUUUAAUGUGUUAUAGAGACAUGCUUAGCAAGUGGAGUGUCUUAUGAAAUUUUCGUUGCAUUUUAA